UGGGUGCAGGUUUUGGGCCUAUAGACCCAGGCCCCACAGAGCCUACAGCUGAUUGAUCCGAAAGGCAGGCUUGGAACCGAUAUUCGUCCUGCCUGCCUUUUGUUUCAAGGCGGUUUUUAUUUCAUUGGGGGUCUUUCUGUUUUGCGCUAUCCUAAUGGAUGAUAUGAAACACAAGCAUGACUGAAACAUAUGAGACAAAUUUCGUGCACACCUCUACUACACAAUUCUCCCAAGAACCAGUUCAAGGCUGGGAUGGUGGCUACAGUAUGCACCGGGUGCUGAUAGGAACUUUUUUUUCCGCUACCCAUUCUGCCAGGAUAUAGUGAGUACAUUGCCAUGGCUGUUCGAUAUCAGUGCUAGGCCAUGGCAGGGCAUAGGACACGGAUGCAGAACAAUGUAGUUUCCUCUUGGGGUGAGAUACUAGUUUUCCUUCUGGCCAGCUGUUUUUUUUUGUUUGUUUGUUUUUUUAGUGUGUCAGCGUUAUCCCUGUGCUUAGGAGUUUUCUAUUCUAAGCUCUCCCCUCCCUGCUUUUCUUUCAUUAGUAGGCAAAGAUGUUUUUGUUCAAACAAGCUUUUAAUUUAUAACUAAGGCUGUCAUUUGGAUGUUUAAUUGAUCUUUUAAACUUUUGUAUGUUUUCAAUUUAUUUCAAAAUGUUUCAUGAGUGCAAUUCUAAUUGUUUUUACAUUUCAUUCUAAACAGUUUUGAAUUUACUUUUUCUGGAAGCCAACUUGGAUACCACUCUGAGAGAAAUAUGGUGGUAUAUUAAACAAAUAGAGGAACCCUUCUUCCUCUUGUGCCAGACAGGCCUGUCUAUAACUGAAGCUUGGAUGAAUGGUGUUGCUGUUGAUAGUAGUGGAGGAAGAGGAGGGGGAGGAAAGAGAGGCAGCUUCAUUACGAAGGUGUGAAAAAAUGCUAUGGAAGCAACCACAUCUCUGAUAAUCGCAACUUAAGCUUUCUCAUCUUGCAAAUCUGCCCUAGUUCACAACUUGAACAAAAUGUGCAUGAUCUCAACAGUUGCAAACACAGGGAACUUUUUCCUCUUCUUCUUGAUAGGCCAUUCAUCUUCUUGACCCUGUCUUGUUUUUCACUGGAAACCCAUUUGUUUCUCUUGCUAUUUCUUAGUUAACCCCUGCUGACUUCUUCUGAGAUAGGGACCAACAUGAUUUCUCCUUCACCAUUGCACGCAAAGGAAAAAAAAUGAUUACUACCCUAUAAUUAUGAAAAUAACUACCUUUCAGGGCUCUAGAAAGAUCAGAGAAAAAUGGAAAACAAUGUGCUCAGACUGACGGUUGGUAUUAAUACUCCUAGUAUUAAUAUUCAGAGUAGAGACAGACACAGUUCAGUUUGCUGGAUUCUUUGCAGUUCUUGUGAUCAGGCAUAUAGAACCCACUGACAAUGUCAGAGGAAUAAAUUCAUGAGUAGGAGGUGUAUUUGCAUAAAAGAUGUUCCUCCUCACAGUAUCUGUAUCCAUAGUCCUGUCAUACGUCUUGUGCAAUAAGCCUGUGGCUAAAUGUGGUGCUGGUAAUCCUCUCUCUAUAAAGCAUCAGCAAUACCGUUCAGGAGAUCUGCUCAUUGCUGGCAUUAUUUCUCAGAUGUACUCGUUCUCUGAGCUGAUGACAUUUAGAAGACACCCUUCUGCAGAACCACUUGAUGAGCUCAUGUAUGGGGUAGCUAUUUGUAUCCACCCCUUAAGAUCAUAAAAAAAAGCUUUAAGCAAGCUGGACUGGUAUAAUUUUAGUUUAUGUGUGUGAGUAAUUAGAGGGGGGAAAUGCAUUCUAUAUAUAUUCUGCUUUGGGAUUGUAUGGUUGUUGUCAUUUAAACUGCUGAUGCUUUUUAUUACUAUUACAGUUGUUGACUUUAUAUUUGCUAUUCAAGGGUAAAAUUAAUGCAGUUUGACACCACUAGCUGCCAUGGCUCAGUGCUAUGGAGUACUGGGAGUUGUAGUUUCGUGAGGCACCAGAACCCUUUGGCAGAGGAAGUUGAAGACCUUGUAAAACUAUAGCUACAACGAUUCCAUAGCAGUGAGCUAUGGUCUCAAACUGCAUUCAUUCAACAGUGUAGAUAUACCCCAACUCUUUUUCCUGAAGCUGGAACAAUGAUUGCUUUAUAAAUUCCUAUAUUAGAAUGGCAAGUAUGGAAAGGGAUCAUUUUGAGGCUUAUUGUGAGUAGGGGGCUAUUGUAUAUAUAAUCAUAACACUGAUACAGUUAUACCAAAGCCAAUUUUGCAGGAUAUUCUUUGGGUGUGCAUAGGAGUACCUGAAAAGACCCUCCAUCUAAACUUCCACCUCUUUUGAACAUUAAUUCUCUCAAGCUACAGAAUUGGUACCUUAAAGUAUAUUCUUGUUACUAGUCUAAUGAAGUUCAUUUUUGUGUGAGGAAAGCAGACCUUCUUUAUAUAGUCUAGGGUUUUCCAAGUAAAUAAGGGAUAAGGAUCUUGCCCUUUAAUGAAAGUUAAAAGAAUUUCAGCAAAUGUUGCUUUUCAUGCAAUCUCACUGUUAUUGUUGUUGCUAUUUUUUACCCUCCCUGGCACCCAUAUCUCCUUGUAUUUUCUGCUGGCUUUCAUCAAUGUUGUAUUUCCAUUACUUCCUUGCAAUAAUGCAAUUUCUGGCUUUAUCUUUGUACAUACUCAUGUUGAAAUAUGACUGUUAGUCCCUCAUUUAAUAAUUUGUCCAGUUCAGAAAUCCAUCAGACAAAAGAGAGAUUACAUAGACAUUAAAAUGUCAAAUAAAGCAGUAUGUGUUCUAAUUUAACGUGAUGCCAUGUCUGUGUUUAUGGCCCCCAAAUCUGUCUGCUAUAUUCACAGAAGUCCUGGUUCCAGCAUCCAUUACCUGAUUCUCUUUACUAUGUUCAGUAUUUUUAUUAGGGUUAUACUUUCAGGGUAAACCCUGACCCGUUUUGUGCCUUCGAUUUUGUUGGGGGCUCUCAUUCAUGUUUUUGGGAGCCUCCUGAAAUCAGGAGGGCAGAUAUCUGUUUUCCCUGUUUUCUAUCGGCCCAUGGAGAGGAGGCUAACCAGACUCCCCUUCCCACCAUAGGCAUUUAAACUGUUUCGACUCAGACAUUCAGCUGCAGGCACUGGUGUGCACUUUAAGGAGGCCUUUUACCUGUUUCUCUACUCUAGAGGGGAAGUGCUCACUCCAUACCACACACGUACUCUCUAAGGCAAGUUCUGUUUCUUACUCUAGAGGAGGCACUCAGCUACAGGCAGGCUGCACGCCAUACAUGCACUCUGCAAGGCAAGGAGGUAAGUUCUGUUUCUUACUCUAGAGGAGGCGCUCAGCUGCAGGCAGGCUGCACGCCAUACAUGCACUUUCCAAGGCAAGGAGGUAAGUUCUGUUUCUUACUCUAGAGGAGGCGCUCAGCUGCAGGCAGGCUGCAUGCCACACAUGCACUCUCCAAGGCAAGGAGGCUGCUCACGAAAAGCAGGCGAGGAGCCGGGAUCAGCUCUUGAUUGCUUUUGUGCAGGGAGGGGGCUUCCUGUUAAUGCUCCUGAAGAAAUGAAAUUAGUGAAAGAAUGAAUGUAAUAAAGGAAAACGGGUUCCACGCACAACUCUAAUUUUUAUGCAAUAUCAAUCACAUCACAUUGAAAUGGUAUCAGAGAUCAUAUUCCGAAGGAGAUGCACUAUUGUUCUUAUUCUUAUGUUUUUUUAUACCCUGCUUUUUCUCUCCUGAAGAACACUCAAAGCAGCUUACAUUAAAAGUAUUACACAAUUUAAAAUAAACAAAUAUGCAAACCAUGAAAAAGGAUUUAACUCUCUUUAUAGGUUCUUUAGUCAAAAUUACCAGCACAUCCUGGCUUUGGAGUUUGCUGUACAGGAGAUCAAUGAAAAUCCCAAUAUCUUAGCUAAUAUCACACUGGGGAUCCAUGUUUUCAACAACUAUUUCAUGGCAGGGUGGACCUAUCUUGCUUCAAUGGCACUUCUCUCCACCCAUGACAGAUUCAUCGCAAACUACAGAUGUGAUGACAAGGACAAUACAGUUUCUUUUAUUGUGGGCCCUAACUCCCAGUUCUGUCGAUAUGUUGCCAACAUUUUGAACCUCUACAAGGUCCCACAGCUCAUAUAUGGAUCUGCCCCUGUGAUGAAUAUCAAUGCCCAAGCUGCUUCACUCCACUGGAUGUUCCCAAAUGAGUACCAUCAGAAUGAAGGCAUUCUCCGUUUGCUCUUGAAUUUCAAGUGGACAUGGGUUGGGGUGCUUUAUAUAAGUCAUGAAAGCGGUGAAAAUUUUGUAUAUGACAUACUUCCCAUGUUCCAUCAGAAAGGUAUCUGCUUUGAUUUUGUAAGAAACUUGCCUCGAGAAACUUUUUCUACCAACAUUGAGAAUCUCGUGUUGAAGUAUUAUGAAAUGUAUGAGGUUAUUGCAAGAAGCACCGCCAACGUUGUCAUCUUAUAUUGUGAGAAUCAAUGCACAGUGGUUUUGAGAAUGGUCUUCCAUGAUGCAGAAUUUGAGGAGAGACCACCCAAGAGCAAAGUCUGGAUCAUGACAGCCCAGAUGGAAUUUACAUCAAUUCCUUUUCAAAGAUAUUUUAGCCUACGCUCCUUCCACGGUACAAUAUCUUUUGCAGUUUCAGCAAAUGAGGUCUCAGGAUUCCAGCAAUUCCUUCAGAACAUGAACCCUGCUUUGGAAAAUCAGGAGAGCUUGAUGAGGGUAUUUUGGGAACUGACGUUUCAGUGUUCUUUCCCAAGCACUGCCUCAAAUGAGGACAUAGGAAACAUCUGCACUGGAGAGGAGAAAUUAGAAACCCUUCCUGGGUCUUUGUUUGAAAUGACUAUGACUGCUCACAGCUACAGUGUCUACAAUGCUGUCUAUGUGGUGGCCCAUGCUUUGCAAGCUAUGCACUCAUACAAAGUUAAACACGGUGGAAUGCAUGAUGGGAGGAGACAGAUGCAGCAGCAGCUGUGGCAGGUGCAGCCCAUUUCCGUGUGUAAUGAAAAGUGUCAAGAAGGCUAUAGUAAGAUUAAGGUGGAAGGGAUGCCAUUUUGUUGCUAUAGCUGCCUUCCAUGUCCAGAAGGAAAGAUUUCAAAUCAGAAAGAUAUGGAUGACUGUAUUGAAUGCCAAGAAGAUCAAUAUUCAAACGAUGUCAGGGACUUUUGCAUUCAGAAAAGCAGAAGCUUCUUGAGUUAUGAAGAGCCUUUGGGAAUUGCUUUGACCACUCUUGCAGUCUCCUUUUCUUUCAUUACCAUCUUGGUGCUUGCGGUCUUCCUUAAAUACUCAGAUACCCCCAUCGUCAAAGCCAACAAUCGCAGUCUCAGCUACACUCUCCUCCUUGCCCUCCUGCUCUCCUUCCUUUCCACUUUCCUUUUCAUUGGUGAACCUCAGAAGGUGACCUGUCUCCUUCGACAGACUGUUUUUGGGGUCAUCUUCUCGGUGGCUGUUUCUUGCAUUUUGGCCAAAACCACCAUUGUGGUUCUAGCUUUCCUGGCCACCAAACCAGGGUCUAGGAUGAGGAAAUGGAUAGGGAGAAGACUGGCCAGCUCCAUUGUCAUUUUCUCUUCCUUUAUUCAAACCAUUAUUUGCCUGGUGUGGCUGGCAAUCUCUCCCCCAUUCCCAGAUUUGGACACACGCUCCAUGGCUACAGAAAUUGUGCUGGAAUGUAACGAAGGGUCCACCGUUCUGUUCUACUGUGUCCUGGGCUUCAUGGGGAUGCUAGCCUUCAUCAGCUUCACCGUGGCCUUCUUAGCCAGAAAAUUGCCAGACAGUUUUAAUGAAGCUAAAUGUAUCACCUUCAGCAUGCUGCUCUUCUGUAGUGUUUGGUUAUGCUUUGUUCCAGCCUAUUUGAGCACCAAGGGAAAAUACACAGUGGCUAUGGAGAUCUUCUCCAUCUUAGCCUCAAGUGUUGGUUUACUGGGUUGCAUUUUUUCUCCAAAAUGUUUCAUUAUAUUGGUGCACCCCACAUUAAACAAGCAAGGACAGCUGGUAAUACAGAAAAAAAAGUGAGGUUCAAUCCAAGUCAUGUCCCAUUCUAAAGACAUGACUUGGGUUACUGACUGCUUGAUGUAGUUAAUAGGCAAUAAAGAGUUGUUUUAGUCUAAAAACGAACACCAGUUGAGAUAAUAUUUUUACAGCAUGUUUACACAAAAAUUGACCAAAUUUGCUGCUGUUAAGUUUUAAGAAAUGUGGAAUAAGUAGUUAUGUUCAUAUAGGAUAAAUAAUACCCCAAACACAUGGGAUCCUUUCCUUAUCUUUGAACCUAAAUAGAAUCAGUUCUGGUUGGUCCUGUUGGAUCAAGUACUCUCAAGAUUUGAUUUACUGUAUUAUGGAGUUUUACUACUGUUGUUUUCAAUAUUCUUUGCUAUUGCUGUAAUUAAUUUUGCUAUGUUUUAUCAUUUUAAAAUCUGACAUGUUCAACUAUCACGUGAAUGCGUUAUCCCUAAAUACAUCCUAGAAAUACCAAAAAUGAGUAAUGACAACUUUAUCUGCAAUGAAUGGCUUUCCAAGAUUUGAGAGAGAUUGGAUUCUUUCACAUUAGGGCAUUUUGAAAUGUGUUCUCCAUUUUGUGUCCAGAUAUAGUUGCAUGGUUCCAGUUUAAUUGUCAUACUUACAUCUUAGGGAAACCUUGGUUUUGCUGUUUAUGAAGGAGUACUUUUGAAUUUGCAACCAGACAGUUAUAUCAUCCCACCAAACAACGAAGCUCAGUAUUCUGUAGGAUGCAACUCUGGAAAUUAAAAAUGGAAUCAUAGUGUUGAAAUUGUGCAAUGUAAACUAGAGAUGUGUGUGAGCAGUACCCAUUUGUCCUGUUUCACCCGUUCUUUUGUUCCUUUCAUUUUGGUUGGGAGCACGUUAACGGGAACCCCUUCCCCAAAAUGAAAAGAAGCUUGAAACAAAAUAAAGGUGCUGUUUCCUUGCCUGCUUUUCCGGCCAUGUGACCGCCUGAAAUUUCCUCCUCUGUAGACCGAGGGGAAAGCAUCACAGAAAUAGUACAAAAUUCACACAUGGUUGUUUUACUCAGAACAAGGCAUUUUCCAAGCAAGGAAUAAUAUGUAUGUACUACACGCAACAUGCUGUUUUCUGUGAAAUGUAAAGUUCAAGAGAGAAUGCAAAUGAUACUUCAUAUUUCCCUGAGUCAUGUAAUCUAUUUUGUGCAAUGUUACUAACAAGAAUAUACUGAAUUUAUUUUCUUUCUUCUAGUAUUAUAUUGCUUUUAUUUGGGAAUGAUUAUAUUGAAGGGAAAGUUUCAAUCAGAAAUAAACAAGUUUAUGACAUAUAAAGAGAAAAUAAAUGUAUCAGGUUUCAGAUUCUAAAA